AUGGAGGUGGAGGAGGAGGGAAAACAAUCUCCAGACUCUCUUGGGGAAGCGUGUGUCCCCGCGAGCCUUUUUGAUCGCGUAACUCUUGCGUUGCGCGGCAAUCUCGAACAUGAGCGGGACAGGCGUCUCCAACUGGCGGACACUGUGUUGAAGCAUCGAGCUGAGUUUGCCUUUGCUCAGCUUGAGAACGAGAGAGCUUUGACAUCUCUGCGUGACGAGCUAAGGGUAGCUCGUGGGGAUGUUGAGCGGUCUCGGGCUGAGAUAACUGCUCAUCAGACCCUUGUCGAUGGCCACCACCGGGAGCACAAGGCCCUCUGCGAGAUGCUUGAGCGCAAGGGCGUUCUUCAUCGGAAGAAGCAGCGUACUGAUGGUACGGCUUAA